AUGUCUACGCUCGCACUGGAUGUCGACGAUGAGCUGAAAGCUUUCUCCUUUACCAGCAAAGCCCACCGCGAUGUCUAUCCUGCCAUCGACCCUUGUCUUGCUGGCCAUUCUCAGGCUGGGAAGGUGAUCAUCAUCACUGGCGCUUCCAGAGGGAUUGGGAAAUUGGGCUUCGCAGCCUCAUUCGCGCGAGCCAAUGCUGCCGCCAUCGUCUUGAUCGGACGGUCGGCUGGUGAUUUGGCCGAGACGGAGAAACUGGUCAACAGCAUCAACCCCGAAACAAAGGUCCUCUUGAUCUCUCUCGAUGUCACCAACGCGGCUGGCGUGACCAAGGCAUUCGAGGACAUUGUUGCUCGCUUUGGAGUGCCUCAUGUGCUUAUCAACAAUGCCGGCUACAUUAACCCGCUCGACCCCAUCGCCGAUGUCGAUGUGGAUUUAUGGUGGAGGACUCAGGAAGUCAAUGUCAAGGGAACUUUCCUCAUGACCAAUGCUUUCUUAAAAGCUACAGGCAACACCCCGUCGACCCCCACAACAAUCGUCAAUCUGACUUCGAUGGCCGCGCAGGGAUUACCGCCGGGCAUGAGCUCCUACUCUCCUGCCAAGAUCGCGAUUUGCAGGUUCACUGACUAUCUCGCCACUGAAAACCCCAACAUUACCUCUGUGAGUCUUGAUCCGGGUCUUGUGCCGACGGAUAUGGGACACAGUGUGCCAUACCUUGCAGGAUAUUUGCACGAUACUCCAGAGUUGUCUGGAUGUGUUGCCGUGUGGCUGGCCAGUGGCGACAAAGCGUUCUUGUCUGGUCGUUAUAUCGCCGCGAAUUGGAACGUAGAGGAGCUAGAGGCUAGAAAGAAGGAAAUCAAAGACGGUGACUUUUUGACAUUUGGACUCAGGGGCAAAUUUGGUAUCCCCGGUGUUGUUGUCGAAGGGCACAGAAAGUAG